AUGUUACCGAAGGUGUCAAAUGAAUACACAAGCAUUGGAUGUAACAGAUUUCCACAAGUCGCAGCUUGGGGAAAGGAUGGAACAAUUGCAUUUGGAGCUUAUAAUUAUGUGGCUCUAUAUUAUCCUGAGUGGGUAAAUUCGGCAAUUUUAGAAUCUCAUGGAGGCUCUGUAAAUACCCUUGGAGUAACUCGUGCAAAGUCGAUUAUUGUGGAUAAAGACCUAAUCAUAACUGGAUCUGCAGAUGGUGUUGUUAAAGUUUGGGAAAGGAGUAUUUGUGAUGAUGUUCAAGAUUCAGUAAAAUGCUUGCAAACAAUUGAUUUGGAAAGAAAGUAUCCUAUGGCCUUAGCCCUGUCGUAUUUACCAGAAUCAAAAAAUUCAACCAUUCAAGAACCAUAUAAAUUAAAGGAUGGUGAUUUAUUAUUAGCAAGCGCAUCGCAAGAUAAAUAUGUAAGAUUAUGGAGAGUCUCGUAUAAUGGUGAGGUUAGUAGUUCUUUGGAUAGUGAGGAAGUUUCAAACGGAAAAUCAAAGGAAAAAAAAAGUCUGAAAGAAUUGUUAGAAAAUCUUCCAGAUGAUACAAAGUAU